CCUGUCACAGGACGACACUUCGUUUUUAGCAACGGGUAGGAUACUCGCCUAUAUUUAUACUGUAGUUUUGAAUGUCAACCUUCAUAAACGUCAUGGAUAAGGAGACGGCAGAGUUCACAAAGAUCAAAUACGCUUUAGCUUUUCAACGUGAGUUUUACUGCGUCGGUGAUAAGCCACUUGGUAAAGGCGCUUUCGGCCACGUUGUCAAAGCGAGUUGUAGAAAGGAAGGCAGAACAUAUGCCAUAAAAGUUAUCAAUAAAGACACAAAAGUGAAAUAUCAAGAGCGAGAAGUCAAAGCUCUCGUAACGUUCAAAUUGUCAGAAGAGUCAAAACGAAAUGUUAUCGAAUAUUACGCAUCUUGGCUACUACAAGUUGGUGACGAACAACGACUGUGUAUUCAAAUGGAAUUGUGUUCGGUAAGCUUAGAGAAUUUCGUCUAUGAAAACAAAAUCGGAGGCCCUGAAAUUAUCCAAGCUCAAGGCCCGCCACGAUUUUACCACCAAGUAUUUCAACAAAUCUUAAGUGGCCUAGUUUUUAUCCACUCAAUACGCUGGGUACAUCGCGAUAUUCACCCUGGUAAUAUUCUCGUCGUAAAUCCAAAUCCACAACAAAUCAGAGAUAUUCAUGUCAAGAUCGCUGAUUUUGGACUUGCAAGGCAUAUUGGUAUAGAAUACGAGGUAGUAGGGCUCACUAUCGUCCCAAAACUUGAGAAAGUAUCGCAUUUUUCAAGAAAUGCGUUAUUUAGGGCACCAGAGCUCAAGAACGAUACAUACGAUUUCAAAGUAGACGUUUACAGCGCUGGAAUGAUGUUGUAUUUCAUCAGCCGUUACCUCGAGAAUAAGAACGAAUGGAAUACGGAAUUGAAGGAUCUAAAACAACGCAAAUUUCAACCAAAAGAACGUAUAUUUUACAAGGAUGAGAAAUUGAGCACCUUGAUCAACAAUUUACUUCAGGAAGAUCCAAACGCACGCCUCAGUGCUCGCAGGGCUAAGGAGUAUAUGUUUCCUACACAAACGACGCCAAAGGAUUCGACUGAUGCAAAGGAAUCCAUGCCGAAGACCCCAUUCAUUGUGAGAAAAGAAAACGAACAGGACUUCAGUCAAUGCUGUUUAAACCAAUUCACGUUGUCCGCAAUUACAGCAGAAGUCGAACGUGGCACCGGAGUCAAAAGAGGCAGGCAAGUUCUUCGAGAAGAGCGUAUGGUACAAGGUGAAAAGAAACGUAUCAAAAUAGAACAUGACGACAAUGUCAAAGAUAUUUUUAACAUCGCAGCACAAAAAGAACGUGAUGUCGUGGUGGUUGUGAUCGAGCAACCAGAAGAUGAUGAUAAUCUAGAAAUUGAAGAAUUUAGUUCUGUAGAGACGGUUAUGGAAUCCACAUGAUAUACUUCAGUUUCAAGUUCCAAGCACUCUGACACUGUAAUGAAACGUUCCAGGGGAAUAACAUUCAUACUGACUUUACCAUAGUAAACUUAAUGUAACUUUAUGUGAACAUGUACGAAUUUUUAUGCCAUUAAAUAGUAUGAACCAAAAUAACUCAAUGUUGUUGUGGAGGGAGCAUGCCCUAACAACUGUGAUGCGAGUUGUGCCACAAUCUUCGUAAACGUGCAUGCCUGUUAUUUAACUCACCAUGCAAAAUCUCUUUAUUUUGACAUUAUUUUAUAGAUUUUGCACUAAACAUGCUUUCUAUAAUGUAACUUCGUUGGUCAAUAUGAGAAACGUAUUAAGGCUGAUUUACACGACACAACUUUUGCCUAAAACGGUCGCAUGCAAUUGAGUCGUACUGUUGUACUACGUAGUACAACUCAAGUUGUUAGCAGGUUGCAUGCGACAGUUUUAAGCACAAUAGUGUAGUGUAAAUUCAAAAAUUGUGAAUGCCAUCAUAACCAAAUGGCAUCAUAACGAGCCUCAUAAUAAAAUGAACUCAUAUUUUCUAACAAUCUGCUACGGCAUCAUAACAAAAUGAACUCAUAUGUAACAAUUUUUCACAUUUUAAAAUUCAUUAAAUAUAUUAAACAACAUUUACACUUAUUGUUGCAACUUUCUAACUUUAAUAAGAUACUUUAAUGAGAAACUUUCCAAGAUGAAAUGCAUUUGUAUGUAACAAUUUUCACAUUCAUUAAAUAUAUUAAAUAACAUUUACACUCAUUGUUGCAAUUUCCUACAGGGUGUCAACCCUUUGGUGAAGGUGAAAUUCAAGGACUUUUCCAGGACUUUCAAGGCUACCUAGAACUGGGAAAAAUCUUUGAAAAUUGCACGGAUUUGUCCCCUCUUUGAUUCACUUUAUUCAGUAAUUUUAAUCAAUAUCACUAAUGUUGGCACAGCUGGAGGUUAAGGAAAUUAAUUCCAGGACUUUCAAGGACUUCUACUGAUUUUCAAAGACUUUCCAGUCCUGGAAUUGUUUUCCAAUUAAAAGACUUUCCAGGAUUUUCAAGGCCCGUGGACACCCUGUUUCUAACUUUAAUAACAUAAUCAUGCAACUAAGAAUCUGAAUUUCAGUCACUCCAAGAAACAUUCAGACCACCCCCAUGGAGAAUAUUGGAAGUUGACUCCCCUACACCUAUCAGAAAUACAUUUAACCCUUCUGGAUAGCAGAAAAAAGUUUUCCUCAUUGGGGGAGUGUGGAUCUUUUCUGAAAUGACUCAUUGAAAUACAGAUCUAACCAGACCAUAAUAUACAUUUAUUGGUAUUUUGUUUGGGAUAAAUUAUUUAUUAAACAAUUCCAUUUUGAGAACAUCUUGUAUUCCUCUUUCUUUCUUUCUUUGUAAUGAUAUUCCUGUGAAUUUGCUAAGAUUUCACUCCAGAAUGGAUUUUGAGAAUCUCACAACCCUAUAAAGUUAUACACAAUAGUCAUUUCACAAGUUGGGCUUUUGUAAUAUUUUGGGGCUCUGUCUGGCAUGGGCCAUGGCAUGCUUUUUUAUU